AGUAAGAGCAGCUGAGCUGAGCACAGCAGCAGAAGAAUAAGAAUGGCUUCUUGGAUGAAGUUUGCUCGCUCCUUUUCCAGAAAAUAUUCGACGGCCGCUCCUAAAUUUGGUGAUACUCAUGGCGUUACAGAUCAAACGCAAUUGAUGUGGAAGAGGAUUUCGUUUUUCGUAGGCUUCCCAGUGAUAGCUCUGGCUAUGGUUAAUUGCUAUUUGCAUCAUCAGGCACAUCAUGAUGAUGAACAGCCAGAAUUUGUCGCAUACGAACACUUAAGGAUAAGAACCAAGAAAUUUCCUUGGGGAGAUGGUAAUCACAGCCUUUUUCAUAAUCCUAAAAUGAAUGCUCUACCCAAUGGUUACGAAGAAUAAAAAGUGGUUCUUCUAGAUGGUAAUAAUUAUGCUUUACAUUAGCAUUCUUUAUAACAUGUAUUAUAAGAUGUAUGUAUUAUAUUGGCUUAUGAACAAUUGAGUCAAUAAAUGGUAGAGAAAAUAAUUUGACAUCAUUAUAAACUCACUCAGUGUUGGAUAUAGGGUAAAGUAGGGUUUUUUCAUCUACUUCUUGUAAUAAUAGGAGAUUUUUGCAAUACCGUUUAUUAAAAAAUGUGGUGAAAGCUAAGAUCAGAUUAUCUUCUUCUUAACAAUUACUUUAAGGAAAAGAUAACUUGACUUUAGCGUUCACCGUAUUUGGAUUCACGUUAUUGCAAAAACUCCCUAUUCGUUUCUGAACAGCACAUGUUGAUAAUUUGAAGCAGUGCUGGAAUUUAUUUACAACUUUUAGACUACGCAGGUUAGUGAGGUAAGGGACAAGAAUCAAGCUGAAAAUCGGCUGAAAGUUGCAAGUAAAUUCCAGCACUGAUUUAAAAGUUGUAU